CGCCGGAUGCACGUGGAGAGUGACGUAGCUAGUGGGUCUUUGGCUUGGUAGGGUUGUCUCUGUGCGCGGCUUGACGUGUCCUGUCAAUGAAGAUGGUGAUAGCGAACAGAAACGAUGUGUCGGAGCGGUUGUCAACCGACGACUGUCUUUUGAUUGAAGAUUGCCUUCCACCUCUGCACUACUCCCCAUCAAAGCGUAUAUCACCUGCAAAACGUAAACAAUACUACAUCAAUCAAGCAAUUCGCAACUCUGAUCUCAUUCCCAAGGCAAAAGGAAGAAAAAGUUUGAGGAGACUUGAGAACACUCAUUACUUGAUGAACCUUAUAGAGAAAGAUGACUGUACCAAGGAUGAAGGAGACCAGACAGAUCCUGCCUCUCCUACAAUUUUCACAGAAGCUUGUAGUAAUGAUGACUAUGUUGAGGUCUGGAAUGAUUUCAUGAACCGUACUGGUGAGGAACAAGAGAAGUUUCUACAUUACCUAGAGGAAGAAGCGAAGAAGAAGAGCAAAGGAAAAGUGCAUCUGCAUUCACAGAACAAAAGAGGGAAGCAGUCGGCCUAUGCAGGAAAGGAAUGUUUUCAGCGAAUUGAUCGAAGACUCCGUGUUACUUUAAGACGGCGUCAAAUUCCCAUGGGUACCCUGGAGUUUCUAGAAGAGGAGCUGACAAGAUUCUUUGCCAUACAACCACAGUCUGUGUACAAAGCAAUGCUGGAAAACAGCUAUGAGAGAUUAUUGCUUCAUGCCCUUUGUCAGUAUUUGGACCUUGUCUCUCAAAGUUCUGACUGUGAUGGAAAACGGCAGACAGAAGUAAGCAACAAAGAGUCUGCAACGAAUAAGAAUUGGUGUGAUCAAGCCCCUUACCGAGAGUUCCCCGAUGAGUCUAUAAGUCUAAACUCAAGCCAUCCUGGGUUGCAUAGCAAAGAAGCGCACGUACAUGAACAGUAUUUUAUCUCUAAUAUGAAUUUGGCUGAAAAUGCUAACAUCUCCAGCAAGUUAGUAAAUUUGUUGCACAUCCAAGAUCAUGAGAUUACAGACAGUCCCCAUGUUGGGAAGCAGUUCCACUCGAGUUCUUUUGCAAGUUGGAACACGAUGCAGGACAAUAUAAAAUAGCCAUUUGUAAGUACAGGCAGUGUUAAUAUUUUCGUAUAUUAGAUCUUUAAAAUUCUUUACAAAUUCGAAGUGUUUGUAAGUUGGGGACAUUUGUAUUUUUCAGUGUUCCAAUUAUUGCAUUAACACAAACCCCUGUCUGUUAACAAAUGCAUAAUUGUUUAAUAAUGGGAACAUGUUAAGCAAAAUAUUAAUAAUAAUACUUUUAUCUACGAAUUACUAAUUUGCCAGAGUGCUUUUAAAUCUCAAUUUAUUUGCUGACUUAGGCACUUCUGUAAAUGAACAAAAUAAAACACCCAAAUUACACAAUUGCCUGCGAAUUCAGGCAAACUAUUACUUACUAGAAUGUGUAUUUUAAGUUAUGCUUGACUAAUUAAUCCCUUUCCACCAUCUGUAAAAAUAUUAAGCACUAUUCAGUUUUAUACACACGACCACCAAAGACUGCACAUGAUCAAGCAAGGCUUCAGCAAUGAUCAUUCUUUAUACAAAAGAUGGGAUAGCAAAAAAAAUUGAACUUGUAACUUUUCUCCUCCAAGUGUUCAAAUUGAACACCCACAAAACUACAAGAUUCUAAUCACAUGCUUCAUGUACACAAAAUAGUAAAGGAGGGUGAUUAUAUUCUUGUUUUCCAAAGGGCUAAUUUUUGAUGCAAAUAUAGAUGGAAAUUUUCAGAUUUCAUUUUAGCGAUGGCUAUUACUAUUACAGGUUUAAAGUUCCCUUUGGUAAACUCAGACAUGUACUGUUUUACUGUAAGAAUCCAUAUACAUUAUAUUUAAAGGAGUUUGAGAAAAGUACAAAGCUCAACAAUUGGGUCACACAACCUUAAUUUUAUAUACAUGAUAAAUAGUUAUUUUAUGAUUAAUUACAUAGUAAAGCUUUCACCACAUCCACAUGUUCCCUUAAUAUUUGGGUUAUUGAAAAUGAAUUCACUAGAGAGUUUUGUUUCAAUAUAAUCCAUUUCUGUUCCUAGCAGGGUUAACUGUGCUUUCUGGUCAAUGAACACACGCGCACCUGAAAAGGAAAUAAAGCAAUGAAUGGACUGAAUAAAAGUGUGAGAUAAAGCAGUUUGAAAAAUAUUUAUUAAUUAAAUUGUCAGAAGCUUACAGUGGACUGUCAACUUGAAUGCCUCAGUUGAACCCACAUCCAUCAAAUUUCCAGGCACUGCAUUCUUGAUAAACUACUCUGCAUGAAAAAGCUUUUUCUAAAGCACCCAUGCUUUGUUUACACAUCACUUUAAAUUAAUGUUCUCAGCACAGGCAAUAUUGGUGAGACCGGCUCAAGAAUCAUGGCAGCAGUAGAGAUCUGGACAUUUCCUUUUCUUUGUUUCUUUAAUUUUGACUCUUGUUUUUAAUUCUAACUGUUGAAUUCUAAGAUGGUGCUGGACAGCACUGUACUCCUAUACUCAGGUACACAUGACAAUAUAAUCUAAAUUAAUCUAAUCUAAUCACAGUAAGUAUAUGUCUGAAUCAAGACCUGGAUUUCCUCUCAAACUCUUUCUGCAUUUCUACUUCUUUAAGACUCUUCUUAAAAGCUCUCUCUUUGACCAAACUUUUGGCCAUUUGCUCUAAUAUCACUUUAUAUGGAUCAAUGUUAAAUGCUACUUUAUAGCUCUUAAACAAGAUGGCUUUUAUUACUUUAAAUACAAAUUACUACCUAAUCAAAUGGUUGUGAUCUGUCUCGCACUAGAAACAUGAACAAAACUCCAACCUAGCGUGCCAGUACACUAUUGAAAGACUACAAUACUGUCAGUGGUGUCAUCAAUUGAAUGAGACAUCAAACCAAAGCCAAGGCAGAUAUAAAAUAUUGCAUGGCAUUAUUGUGAAUAGCUAGGAAGUUAUUGCCAGCAUUCUGGUCAAUGGUUAUGCCUCAAUAAAUAUCACAAAACACAAGAUUAUUUGGUCAUUAUCAUGUUGCUGUUCGUGGAGGGUUGUUGUGGACCAAGUGGUUGCUAUGACUACAACACUGACUACACAAAGUGCUUUAAAUGACUAUAAAGUGCAUCAGGACAACUUGAACAGCACUAUGCUAAUUCAAGACAUUUUGUUUAUCUUCCUUUGAAAAUCAAAGUUCCAUAUUCCUUGUAAAGACAAGGUUUCCUGCAUAUCAAACACACACCAUCAUGCUGCUUUGCCUGCGAUCUUCAUCCAGCUCUACACCGUGUUAUCUCAGAUUCUCCAGCAUCGGCAGCUCCUACUAUCUCUCACUAUCAGUCAGUUCUCUCUCACUUUCUGACGCAAAUUCAUUGUCAUAAAGCAAGCCCAAGCAACAGACCACUUGCCACAAACUGUUGACCUGAAAAUUAUGAAAAAGUUUGGCUCUGAAGCUAACAUACAUAAAAGGAAAAAAUAAAUUCCCAGCAAACUAAGAAUGCUUAGUUUAGAUUGAUUUUUUUUAAAAGUGGAGUAGACUUGACAAGAUUUCAUCAUGAAUUAAGAUACUGUUAAUAUACCAUACCAUCCUGAAUAACUUCUUCAUCAAAUUUCCCUUUCUCUGUUGCGUACUCUAUUACAUAUGAUAGACCACUGCAGCCACGAGUGCGAACUCCAACUUUCAAACCAACCUGAAGAAUAAAAGGGAAAACUCUGUAAACAAUAAACUGCAUUAAAGCAGGAUCAGUGCAAUUUUACUAAAUACACCUGCAAAAUAACUCCUGAAAUGAAACUAGGGCACUCCCAUAACUGUACAUAUACAUCAAUAGUAAAUAAAUGUCCUUACAAACCCCAAUAAGAUAAUCCAUCUUUUCUCUAGGAUCACAGGAAAAAUAUAAAU